GAGGUAUAUAAAUACGUACCAUAGAGUAGGUAUGUAUAUGAGCUCAUACACAACAUAACCUCUCUUCUCUUCUUUAACUAUCAUCAUCCUUUUUUUUUUCUUGGGAUUCAGAAUUUUUCAUUCAAUGACUUUAUAAUCCUCUUUGAAAUUUAACUCUUGUAUUUCUUUGUUCUCCUCAUAUUGAUAUUUCAGUUCAUUUUUGUUCUCUUUUUGGCACAACAUGGCUGCUGGUGAAAAUGGUUCACUCUCACUUGACAAUAUCAAGAAUGAGACUGUUGAUCUGGAACGUAUUCCAAUUGAUGAAGUGUUUGAGCAAUUGAAAUGUACCAGGGAAGGUUUGUCCACUGCAGAAGGAGAAAACAGGAUUCAAAUUUUUGGUCCAAACAAGCUAGAAGAGAAAAAGGAGAGCAAAUUUCUGAAGUUUCUUGGGUUUAUGUGGAAUCCACUGUCAUGGGUGAUGGAAGCUGCAGCUGUAAUGGCAAUUGCUCUUGCAAAUGGUGAUCGACAGCCACCUGACUGGGAAGAUUUUGUGGGAAUUAUUUGCUUGUUGGUUAUCAACUCAACUAUCAGUUUCAUUGAAGAAAACAAUGCUGGAAAUGCUGCUGCUGCUCUUAUGGCUGGUCUUGCUCCUAAGACAAAGGUUCUUAGAGAUGGCAAAUGGAGUGAGCAAGAGGCUGCAAUUCUAGUCCCAGGAGACAUCAUUAGCAUCAAACUUGGUGACAUUAUUCCGGCCGAUGCUCGUCUUCUAGAAGGCGAUCCUUUAAUGGUUGAUCAAGCAGCAUUGACAGGAGAAUCACUUCCUGUGACAAGACAUCCAGGUCAAGAAGUUUUCUCAGGUUCAACUUGCAAACAAGGAGAAAUCGAAGCCGUUGUCAUCGCAACCGGUGUUCACACAUUCUUUGGAAAAGCAGCUCAUUUGGUUGACAGUACAAACAAUGUUGGACAUUUCCAAAUAGUUCUUAAAUCCAUUGGAAACUUUUGUAUUUGCUCCAUUGCAGUUGGUAUGGUGGUUGAGAUUAUAGUCAUGUAUCCUAUCCAACAUCGCAAAUAUCGUGAUGGAAUCGACAACCUUUUAGUCCUCUUGAUUGGAGGAAUUCCGAUUGCUAUGCCGACUGUGUUGUCUGUGACAAUGGCUAUUGGGUCUCACAAACUUGCUCAACAAGGUGCUAUCACAAAGAGAAUGACUGCCAUUGAAGAAAUGGCUGGUAUGGAUGUUCUUUGCAGUGACAAGACAGGAACACUCACACUUAACAAAUUGAGUGUUGAUAGGAACUUGAUUGAAGUCUUUGCAAAGGGUGUGGAUAAGGAACAUGUCAUCCUUUUGGCUGCAAGGGCUGCUAGGACUGAAAAUCAAGAUGCUAUUGAUGCUGCUAUUGUUGGAAUGCUUGCUGACCCGAAAGAGGCGAGAGCGGGGAUAAGAGAGGUGCAUUUCUUUCCAUUCAAUCCUGUUGAUAAGAGAACUGCUUUGACAUAUGUUGAUGGUGAUGGAAGUUGGCAUAGGGCUAGCAAAGGUGCUCCUGAACAGAUCAUGAACUUGUGUAACCUUAAGGAUGAUGCUAAGAAGAAAGUCCAUGCUAUUAUUGAAAAGUUUGCAGAAAGAGGGCUGCGUUCACUUGGUGUUGCUAGACAGGAAGUUCCGGAGAAAACAAAGGAAAGUGCUGGUGCUCCAUGGCAGUUUGUUGGUUUGUUGUCAGUGUUUGAUCCUCCUAGGCAUGACAGUGCUGAAACCAUUAGGAGAGCUCUUAAUCUUGGUGUCAAUGUUAAGAUGAUUACAGGUGAUCAACUUGCCAUAGCUAAGGAGACUGGUAGGAGACUUGGUAUGGGAACCAAUAUGUACCCAUCUUCUACCUUGCUUGGUAAUGACAAAGAUGCAAAUAUUGCUUCAAUUCCAGUUGAAGAGUUGAUUGAGAAGGCAGAUGGAUUUGCUGGAGUUUUUCCAGAACACAAAUAUGAAAUUGUGAAGAAGUUACAAGAGAGGAAGCACAUUUGUGGAAUGACUGGAGAUGGUGUGAAUGAUGCACCUGCAUUGAAAAAAGCAGAUAUUGGAAUUGCUGUUGCUGAUGCAACUGAUGCUGCAAGAGGUGCUUCUGAUAUAGUCUUGACAGAACCUGGAUUGAGUGUUAUCAUCAGUGCUGUGUUGACAAGUAGAGCUAUUUUCCAAAGAAUGAAGAACUACACGAUCUAUGCUGUGUCUAUCACUAUCCGUAUAGUGUUUGGCUUCUUGUUAAUUGCACUGAUAUGGAAGUUUGACUUCUCUCCAUUCAUGGUUUUGAUUAUUGCCAUUUUAAAUGAUGGAACAAUCAUGACAAUUUCAAAGGACAGAGUUAAGCCAUCUCCAAUGCCUGAUAGCUGGAAACUUAGAGAAAUAUUUGUUACUGGUAUAGUGCUUGGAGGUUACUUAGCAAUGAUGACUGUGAUAUUCUUCUGGGUGGCGAAAGACACUAAGUUCUUUCCGAACAAGUUCGGAGUUAGAGAUAUUCAUGACAAUCAUGAUGAGUUAACAGCUGCUUUGUAUCUACAAGUUAGUAUAGUUAGUCAGGCUUUGAUCUUCGUUACCCGUUCGCGUAGCUGGUCUUAUGUCGAACGCCCCGGGAUGUUGCUAAUGGGUGCUUUCCUCACUGCUCAACUGAUUGCUACAUUAAUAGCAGUAUAUGCCAAUUGGGGAUUUGCAAGGAUCCAUGGAAUUGGUUGGGGUUGGGCAGGAGUGAUAUGGCUGUAUAGUAUUAUCUUCUAUCUUCCUCUUGACGUCAUCAAGUUUUUCAUUCGCUAUUUAUUGAGUGGUAAAGCUUGGCAAAAUCUUCUGGAAAACAAGACUGCCUUUACUACUAAGAAAGAUUAUGGAAAAGAAGAGAGGGAAGCUCAAUGGGCACUUGCUCAAAGGACACUUCAUGGACUUCAACCACCAGAAACUUCAAGUGUGUUCAAUGAGAAGAGUAGUUAUAGAGAAUUGUCUGAGAUUGCUGAGCAAGCUAAGAGACGUGCUGAAGUUGCUAGGCUUCGUGAGCUUCAUACACUUAAAGGGCAUGUUGAAUCUGUUGUGAAGCUAAAAGGGCUGGACAUAGACACUAUACAACAACAUUAUACUGUGUGACAUAAAGCAACAUACAAUGUUGUAGAUAUAAUUAAGGGGCCAACAAUAUUCAAUAUGGCAUACCUACAACAAGAAGAGAUAAAGCCAAUAUUAGGUAGGGAGAGAUUAAUCUUGUGAUAUUUCUCUCCCAGUGUCUUACUUUAUUAUUAAGUAAUGUAUUUCUAGUAAUCUCUUUUGAUGCUAGAGUCUUAAGUAGUGUUUAGUUUCAAAAACCUUGCUUCUCUAAUGCUUUUGAGUCCACCUUUCUCAAUUUAUUUGAGGUUUACAUGUUUUAUUGUAUGUCACUUUGAAAGUGGCAGUGAUUAGACAAUGAGUUACCUAUUAUUGGGAAACUUGUGGUGGAAAAAUAAGAGUGUAUGGAAGUCUUAAAAGGCAUCGUUACAAAUUAUAAACUUUGAGAUGGUUUCAACUCUAAAA